UAUUUUUUGGUAGUGUACACGUGAUAUACAUCUCUUAAAUUCAGUGCAUGGUCUUCUAAUUGUCACAAAGCGCAGUGACAGAAUAGGUCAAUGGAUGGGUGAAAAGGUCACAAUCAUAAUAUCAUAGUGCCUUCUAGCAGCACCAUCAAAGAAGUGCAUUUCGGUCAAAAGCUCAGCCACCUUAAAUCCCGCAUUAACAGAAUUAUCCUGGACCCACAUGAGGAGAUGUUUUCCCCCCUGCCCUACUUACCUCCAACUUAUCUCUUACGCCGCAGAGACGCUCGACGUGUACACCCAAAGGGAUCACUGUGCUGGAUCUUUACGUGACAGCCUGCGAUCAGGAACAGGCUCAAAAGUCGCCUCUAUUCUAAGACACUGGCCAAAUCCAACCAUGGGCAAUAGUACAAGUAGCGCCUUGUCCAAGGAAAUCCUGGAGGACCUGAAGCUGAGCACCAAGUUCACCGAGCACGAGAUCAGCCAAUGGUACGAGAACUUCAAGAAGCAGUGCCCGACGGGACGCAUCACGCCCGAGGAGUUCGAGCAGAUCUACGCCCGCUUCUUUCCGGACAGCGAUGCCAAGAGCUACGCUCGCCACGUGUUCCGUUCCUUCGACACCAAUGACGAUGGCACGCUGGACUUCAAAGAGUACAUCAUCGCCUUGCACAUGACCUCUACCGGGAAGACCCCCAGGAAGCUGGAGUGGGCCUUCUCGCUCUUCGACGUGGACAAGAAUGGAUACAUCAACAAAACAGAAGUGACGGAAAUCUGCCAGGCCCUCUUCAAACUGAUCCCCAAAGAAGACCAGAGCAGGCUACCGGAAGACGAGAACACGCCCGAGAAGCGAGCCAACAAGCUGUGGGCCUACUUUGAGAAGAAAGACAAUCAGCGACUGGCCGAAGGAGAGUUCAUCAAGGGAGUAAUUGAGAAUGAAAAUGCAAUGCGGCUCAUCCACUACGAACCGCUCAAACAUUGAAGUGGCA